GUACAGAUACAGGUUGCUUGUCUUGUUGUGUCAAGUACAUGAAGUACUGUCAAGAGUAUACUCAACGUUGAUUGAUAAAUUUUAUAAUUUUUCUGAGAUUUCAAACGCAUAAGGAUAUAGUUAUUAUAAAGAAUUAAAUUUUACUAUAAACAAAUCAAUUUUAAACCGCAAUCAUGGCGAAAAUGGCUUUUCAACACCAAGCCGGAACGGCUAUGGAAUGUCUUAGUAUUCCAAUUACCCUCCAAAAAGAGGCCGGUGUUGAUGCAGAAGGUCGCGAAGUUAUGAAAUGUGGGUUCAAAAUCGGCGGUGGUAUUGACCAAGACUAUCGUAAGAGCCCCCAGGGCUAUACGGACAACGGUAUAUAUGUUACGGAAGUUCAUGAAGGAAGCCCUGCUGCAAAAGCUGGUCUACGGAUGCACGACAAAAUUUUACAAUGCAAUGGAUAUGACUUCACAAUGGUAACACAUAAAAAAGCUGUUAGUUACAUCAAAAAACACCCUGUCCUGAACCUACUUGUAGCUAGGAAAGGGGUUACAUCUACAUAACUGGAGAUGUAAAGGUUGUUUUAAAUAUUUCUUUUAAGUUGAAAGAGUUCAAAGGCAGGUAUUGUAGAAUGAGUAAUUUUUAUAAAGUUAUUUAUUUUUAGACAUAUUGAGCACUUAGUUUGUAUAUUGAAGAACUCAGUAAUAUUAUAUUUUGUUGUUAGUUAUUUUCAUGGUUCGGUAACUUAUAUGAACAGUUAACACCAUUUAAAUGAGUGAGUUACCAUUGUAAUGUUUACAAAACUUAAGAGUUGGGUAAAUCCAUAUUGUCACGCAGAUGACAUGCAACCUGCAGUAUAAACAAAAUGAUUAAUGAAUUUCUCAUAAUAUAUAAAGAAUAAUUGAACUAUUUAUAUAAAUGUUAAAAAAAUGUGAUGAAUUUUAAUGUAUGAAUCAUUUAUAUGAUAUUUUUGUCAAUUAUUAUCAUGUUAUGAUAAUUUAAAUGUCAGAUUAUUUUAAUAAAUGUACAUUCCUUGAUUUAUUUUUGCAAUGUGCCAAAAUUUUUCUAACCUUCAACCGACCCACUUAUCGUUUAAUUAAAUAGUCUGAUAGUCAAUGCAUUAAUUUUACUUAUGGAAAAUAAUUAUAUAAACAAUUUCUCUGGGUACUGCAGUGACAUGCCAAAGAGUAGUACAAGUUAACCUAUUCAUAGAUGAGAAUCAAACUAACUAGUUUUUUCAAUAAUAUUUAUAGCCAACACAAAUGUGUUUUUAAAAAAUCAUUAAUGCAACAGUAAUUUAUUUAUUAAUUAAGUUCUAGUAUUAAGUCUUAUAUUUAUUAAGGUUCAAGACACACUACUCAAAUGCUUUGUAUACCUGUGUUGUUGUGUCAACUAAAUAAAUAUUUAUAUAUAAUGUUUACCUUCUUAUAUGUUCUUGCUAAAUGGACUGAUUUAAUGAAACUGGCUUAAUAACCACUUAGGAAGAUAAUUUAUCCGUCAAUAUAUAUUUGUAUUAUCUAUGCUACAAAUGUUUAUUUUUUAUCCAUUUAUAUUACUUUGCAAGAAUAUGUUUAUCUUCUGUGAGCUAUAUUCUUUUAUGAAACUAUACAAACUUUUUUUAUAUACAUGUACAUCUUAAAAACUUACUCAUGUGUAUGAGCUAAUGUCAUGUCAUUUCAUACAGAAAAGAUCAAGAAUUGUUUUACAUCAAAAACUCUUAAGCAAUAAGUUUUUGUUAUGAAUUAUUUAGUAUAUGAAACAUUUUUAUCCGUUUACAUCUAAACAAAUAAAGCAAUACAUCUAAGUGCAUUUUUUUGCUGCUUAUUUUUUAAAUAUUUAAUUUUAUGAAAUGGCCCAAAGUAAGUUUCACAUUUACUCUUUAAGUGAAUAGCAUGCAUUUGGAUUUGGAAGUUUUAUUUUUGCUACUACAAUUAAAACUUAUGUAAUCUGAUAUAUUAUUAUGAACCUUAAAAAAUAAAUUAAAUGAAAAAGGUGAAUUUAUUGUAAAUUUUAAGACAAUGUACUAUAAAAAGCUGUUGCACCUGAAAAUACUGUAAAGUAACUCUGUUAAUUAAAAAUAGCAUUAAUUUAAGUUAUAUAUAUCAAAUAAGCUUUGCGCUUACAUAUACUUAAAUCUUUAAAAACACCAUUAUCAUGACAAGAAAUAUCCAAUAAUAAUACAUUUAUUGAACAUGCAGGGUUAAUUUAUAAAAAAAAAAUACAUGAAUAUUUCUUAUGAAAAAGCAUCUGGUGAUUUUUAAUUGAUGCUAUACAUAUAUUUUAAGUUAUAAUUGAAAACUUAAAAAGAAUAUUUGAAAUUUUACAUGUAUUACCUUUGAGACGUUAACUGUAUCAUCACUUGUAUUGGUCACAAGCUUAGUAAAUUUUUAUGAUAACUAUACAAUAUUGUAAUCAUAUAUUUUUAAAAAAAAACUCUUGUAAAUAUAACAAAUUUGCUGCCACAUAAGAUUAAUUAAUAAUGUAACUCUUUCAUGUUUUUAACACUUUACAGGAACACUUUACUUUAACAGUAUUACAGAUUUGUAAUGGGAAAUACAUUUGACAUGAACAUUCAAUGCUAUGAAAUAUUCAUAGUAAGGGAACCCUUGUUUCAAUAGGUUGUUCAGAAUAAAAAUGUUAUUUAAUUUAUA